CCGUCCCAGAGCAACUAUCUCCAGCCAAGCACUGUCAGGGGCUGUUUUUGUCUGAAAGGCCUGAGGACGUUGACAUAGAAGAUGUGCGAGGAAGAGGACAGCACUGCCCUGGUUUGUGACAAUGGAUCAGGACUUUGUAAGGCUGGCUUUGCUGGGGAUGAUGCUCCAAGAGCAGUUUUUCCUUCCAUUGUGGGUCGUCCCAGGCACCAGGUGAAUAAUCAGUUCAGUUAUUCAAGCACAGCAUGGGGGGGGGGGUUAAACAGAAUGUAUUAGAGAUAGUAGUGACCCCCCUCCUUAAAUAUCAACACCAUUUCCUUGAGCACCCAGUUCUUCCGUGAAACUACUUGCCAACCCUAGUUCUGCUUAGUUUGAGAUCUGAUGAGACCACAGAGCCAGGUGUUGUAGCUGCAAAUCAUUAAUUUGUAUAAUAUUUCCAGAUACAAUAAUACCAGGCAGGCCCUGCAGGUGUACAUGUCUGAAUUACCUCUGAUCUGUUGUCUGGUGGAUGAAGUCCUUUUCCUGAAAGUUUUCAAUAUCCCUUUCUUUUUCCCUUGGCUCUGGAUCACCCUGUCACUGGGCCCACCAUCUUCUCUGCUUUCCAGUGGUUAAAAAAAAUUAGCUGUGUGUACAAAUGUUGACAACUCUAAAAGCUGGUUGAAAACCAGGGGUGGGGGUGGGGGUGGGGGUGGAGUUAAAACAAAAUGACCAAAAAAUGUUGCCAGUUUUUUUCAUUGAAAUUUAAAAACUUCUGAUUUUUUUCACCCAGCUUUCCUAGUAACCUUGUUCUGCUUUAUUUACUUGCCAGAAAGAAUUUCAUAAGCUUGGAGGGUGGGGGGAAAGGGUGGUUAGUUCCUGAUAAGUAUUUUACAACAUAACAUAGAACAGGCUGUAUCAUGUGUGCUAAGGCAUUUUUCAUAUGAAUGCUAUAGAAUUUACACAGCUUAUGAGCCACAUCCUUAGCAGCACAAGCUAGAGCAAGUUGCAGGCAGUUACUGUAGUAUUGAGGCACCUAGAUCACACCUUGCUGGGCUGGCUGCUGGGAUUGGGGUCCUUAGGAUCAUCUUUGGGGGCUCUGCUCCAAUCUAGGAUCCCUGUGCAAUGGGAAUCCUCCAGUGGCUGUGAAAAUUAGUUUUAGGCACCUGAUCCUCAGCCCACUGAAGACAAUCGCAAGGAUCCCAUUGAUUUCAGGAGGCUUUGAAUCAGAUUCUAGUACAGUAACACUGUAAGGAGAGUAAAGCUACCCUAAUGUAGCCCAUGAUCUGACCAUAUAGCUGAAAGUGUUCACACUCUUCCUGGUCUCCUUUUGUAACUGUGAAAGAAACUAACAGCAUGGCAUUUGAAUUCCAUCUGUUCUGUGUCUGAGGCAAAUUAGCUAGAGUAAAACAAACUGGCAGCUACUACCUGUUUUGAAUCUUUUUAUGCUUAUUAUACUGGAGAAUUCAUUGCAUGUAUUUUUGGGUACCUUGCAAUGGUUUAAGUGUUUUGUAUCAUGGAGAGGAUGGGUGAGAAGCUCCGAAGCUAAGUGCCUGAGACUUCCACAGCAUGAGCAAGAGGAUGCUGCUAUGCCAUCAGAGGCUUCCCCACCCCUGGGGCGAGUUUACAGAUGAUUCGUUUUUUUAAUUUUCUUUUUGCUUUUAAAUCGAGGCUGCAUAGCGAUCAUGCAAACAGUGUAUGGCAUUUUAAGCUCUUUGUGAAAGGGACCCUAUAUACCUCUACUUACCACAGCAGGGCCCAGAUCCUUCUUGAGACCUCUGGGCACUAGCAUACUGCAAAUAAUAAAUAGUAAUUCAAAUGCCAUUUUCUGUAGCCAGUGUACUGAUUAUAUUCAUUGUUCAAAAACAGAUUAGUCGUAAUGAAAAUAAGUGCUUGCAUGAAAUUGAAUGCAGCUAUUUAGAAUCAUCCACAUCCUGGAUCAGCUCUCAGACUGUCUCACGGAGCUACAGACAUCACAAAUCACAAGAUCAAAGUAAUCAGUCACCAAGAUGGAUCAGUCUGAGAAGCAAAGGGUUGGAGUAUGUAAUUAUCGUGCUCUGACAAGAACACAAUACAGUAAAAGCAGCCAACUGUAUUUACAUUUUCAAAAUUGCCAACAUUUUUAAUAGCUAGUGAUAGCUGUUCUUCCACUCUGGAAAAUACAGACAAAUAUAGCCCUUUGGUAAAUUUGAAAAAUGUAGUGUUCAUUAUUUACCACUAAAUGGCACUAUGUAGAGUUUUUUCCCUCCAGAGAUGUAUUUGGUUGAGUGAUAGUUUCUUCCAUGAAUACUACUUAGGGAUUAAAUUAUUAUUUAAAAAUCCAUCUUUAAUUUCUCUACAUUGUAUUGGUGAUUUUUAUAUUAGGUUUGUGUUGCUUACUCUACAUACUUAAUUAUAAUAAGAACGCAAACUCCAGAGCUUUAUAAUAUUGUAAGUAAAUUAAUGAUGUCAUUUUUGUAUAAAAGAUUUUAAAUUACAUUAAAGAUAAAAAUAAUACUCCCAAGAUUAGUAGUCAAUGAAUGUUUUGUAAACCUGCUAGCAGUGUAUAAAAUUGCAUAUGUUUAUUUCACAGUUAGUAUUCUGAUUGCUUUUUAGCACCUCUCACUGAGAUAGUCAAAUUCUUUAUGUAAUUUAUUAGGGCGUGAUGGUGGGUAUGGGUCAAAAAGACAGCUACGUAGGGGAUGAAGCUCAAAGCAAGAGAGGUAUCCUGACUUUGAAAUACCCCAUAGAACAUGGCAUCAUCACAAACUGGGAUGACAUGGAGAAGAUCUGGCAUCAUUCUUUCUACAAUGAGCUGCGUGUUGCCCCUGAAGAGCACCCUACUCUGCUUACUGAGGCUCCAUUGAAUCCAAAAGCCAACAGAGAGAAAAUGACCCAGAUAAUGUUUGAGACCUUCAAUGUACCAGCCAUGUAUGUAGCUAUUCAGGCUGUUCUGUCCCUCUAUGCUUCUGGACGUACCACGGGGAUUGUACUAGACUCUGGUGAUGGUGUCACCCACAAUGUGCCAAUCUAUGAAGGCUAUGCCCUGCCCCAUGCCAUCAUGCGUCUGGACCUGGCUGGCCGAGACUUAACCGACUACCUCAUGAAAAUUCUCACUGAACGUGGCUAUUCCUUUGUGACUACUGCUGAACGUGAAAUUGUCCGUGACAUCAAGGAGAAGCUGUGUUAUGUGGCCCUGGACUUUGAAAAUGAGAUGGCCACUGCCGCUUCUUCCUCCUCUCUGGAGAAGAGCUAUGAGCUGCCUGAUGGGCAGGUGAUCACCAUAGGUAAUGAGCGUUUCCGCUGCCCUGAGACCCUAUUCCAACCUUCCUUCAUUGGCAUGGAGUCUGCUGGCAUUCAUGAAACUACUUACAACAGCAUCAUGAAGUGUGAUAUUGAUAUCAGAAAGGACCUUUAUGCAAACAAUGUCCUGUCUGGUGGUACUACGAUGUACCCGGGUAUUGCUGACCGGAUGCAGAAGGAAAUCACUGCUCUGGCUCCCAGUACUAUGAAAAUCAAGAUCAUUGCUCCUCCUGAGCGUAAGUACUCCGUCUGGAUUGGUGGCUCGAUUCUUGCCUCCCUGUCCACCUUCCAGCAGAUGUGGAUCAGCAAACAGGAAUAUGAUGAAGCUGGCCCAUCCAUUGUUCACCGCAAAUGCUUUUAAUCUGCUUAUCUGUGUAUGUAUUUUUCAGCACAUUGCUGUCAAUGUAUUCAGGAAUAAAUACUUCCUUAUAAUUUCAUUCCAAAAUCUUUCAUAAUAAUGGCUUUAAUUGGUUAUGAUGUAUUUUUUGAAUAAAUAGUAAAUAUGCAUCUA